AUGGUGACCUACAUACUAGCCGGCCAGCAUGGCUUAGGCCGCCAUACCGACACUCUCGAGAAGUCAGAUCACCAAGAGUACUUGAAGUUGACCUUCAUACAAGCUCUCGUCUCUAGUAUCGGGGGUAUGGCCUUCCUCAAAUUGUCUGUCGGUUUUUCACUCCUUCGCCUGGGUGUUCCCACGCUAUACACUAGGAUACUCUGGUCGCUUAUCGCAUUCGUCUGCCUCUAUACCCUAGUGUCUUGGAGUGAAUGGGCUGCUGUUUGCAAACCUAUCGCUGGCUUCUGGAAUAAAGACCUCAAGCCAACCUGCGUGCCUGUGAAAAUCCACAAAGGCUUUGCGCUGAUGAAUACAAGCUGCAACAUGUUUACGGAUAUUUGCUUUGCAACCAUCCCUAUUCCCAUCAUUAUGGGGUUGCAGAUGAAGCAGAGAACUCGUAUGUACCUUAUCUUUGUUCUGAGCUUGGGCUACGCUGCGGUGGCCAUGGGCAUCGUCAAGGCGGUCGUCCAGAACACGAAGAGAGGUGAUCCCGAUCAGUCAUUUACGAACGAUAUACAAUUCUGGGGCUUCCUUCAGGUGAACGUCGGUAUCAUAGCCGCAUGCGCGCCAUCGCUCAAGCCCCUUGUCGGUGGCAUUCUUCGCCUCCCCUCAACACAGCACUCCAACAGCCGAAGUAAUUUCGCCUCAGGCUCGAACGGCCAAUCCAGUAAAAGUAGAAUACAAAGCAGGAUACGCGUUAGCACUCGGAUUGAGAGCAAAGGGUGGAUCAGAACAGAUAGCGAUAUCGAGCUGGAUGAACGAGAGUCCUUUGGCAGCCAGGCUCAGAUAACGAGCAACAACAAUGAGCGUGUUGUUCGUCAAUGA